AUGCGGGACGUCGGUAGCUUGUCCAAGAGCUGGACGAGCAUUGUCUUCCUCUUCAUAGCACUAUGUUGUUUCAUCACGCCGGCCGUGACGGUAAAGCACGAGAACUUCAAGACCUGCGAUCAAUCUGGCUUUUGUAAACGCAACCGGCUCUUUGCCGACACCGCCCUCGCGACAUCGAAGUGGGAAUCUCCUUACGAGCUAGAACGCUCAACGAUCAAGUUCAACGAUGGCAUCUUGACUGGCAUCAUCAACAAGAAGAUUGUCAACACCGACCGGAAGAUCCGAUUGCCCCUCAAGGUGGCCUUUUACGAAUCUGGAGUCGCACGUGUCACAAUCGACGAGGAGCAGAGACAAGCUGGUAAGAACAGCAAGAUCGAGCUACGACAUGAUCGACAGAUCCGCAAAGAGCGAUACAACGAGGCUGACAAGUGGGCCAUUGUUGGGGGAACUACUGUCAGCACAGGUGCAGCCAUCGACAAGGAUGGCGAGAAGGGCACGACAAAGGUGAAAUAUGGUGCAGGAAGCAAGUUCGAAGCCAUCAUUCGACACUCGCCCUUUGGUGUUGACUUCGUCCGCGAUGGAGAGGUCCAGAUCAAGUUCAACGAGCGGGGCUUGAUGAACGUCGAGCACUGGCGUAAGAAGGUGGACAAGCCGGCCGAGGAGAAGAAAGAGGGCGAAGAAGGCGAGAAGACCGGCGACGAAGCAGUCGUAGCCAAGAGCGAUAAAGAUGCUGCUGAAGACGAGAGUACAUGGUGGGAUGAGUCUUUUGGUGGGAAUACAGACACCAAGCCACGAGGGCCAGAAGCCGUUGCUCUCGACAUUACUUUCCCAGGAUAUGACUUCGUCUACGGUCUGGCUGAGCACGCAAGCCCGCUGAACCUGCGGGAGACGCGUGGCGGGGGCGAAGGCAAGUACGAGCAGCCAUACCGUAUGUACAACAGCGAUGUCUUCGAGUACGAGAUGGACAGCCCAAUGACGCUAUACGGCUCGAUUCCGUUCAUGCAGGCUCAGAAGAAGGACUCGACAGUCGGUGUUUUCUGGCUGAACGCUGCGGAGACCUGGGUCGAUAUCACCAAGUCCUCGACAUCUGUCAACCCAUUGAGCAUGGGUAUUGGCAGCAAGACCACGACCAACACUCACUGGAUCAGCGAGUCCGGCCUGCUGGACGUCUUUGUCUUCCUCGGACCAACGCCUCAGGAUGUCAUCGGUGCAUACACUGAGCUUACUGGAACGACACAGCUGCCACAGCAAUUCUCGAUCGCGUAUCACCAAUGCAGGUGGAACUACGUGACUGACGAGGAUGUCAAGGAUGUGGACAGGAAGUUCGACAAGCACCGCAUUCCUUACGAUGUCAUCUGGCUGGAUGUCGAGUACACCGACGGCAAGAAGUACUUCACGUGGGACUCCAUGACGUUCCCGAAUCCACUUGGCAUGCAGAAACAGCUGGACGAGCACGAGCGCAAGCUGGUUGCGAUUAUCGACCCGCAUAUCAAAAACGAGGGUGGCUACCAUGUCGUCGAUGAGCUCAAGUCGAAAGACCUGGCUGUGAAGAACAAGGACAACAACAUUUACGAGGGCUGGUGCUGGCCUGGAAGCAGUUACUGGGUCGAUUGCUUCAGCCCAGCCGCGCGUCAAUGGUGGGCCGGCCUCUUCAAGUACAACAAGUUCACCGGCUCUGCGAAGAAUCUGUUUUUGUGGAACGACAUGAACGAGCCAUCUGUGUUCAACGGACCCGAGACGACCAUGCCAAAAGACAACAUCCACCAUGGCGGCUGGGAGCACAGAGAUGUCCACAACCUCAACGGUAUGACUCUCAUCAAUGCCACGUACGAGGGAUUGCUCGCGCGUGACAAGGAAGAGGAGAAGCACAACGUUAGGCCUUUUAUUCUCACCCGCGCAUUCUAUUCCGGUAGCCAGCGACUUGGUGCCAUGUGGACCGGUGAUAACCAAGCUGAAUGGUCGCAUUUGGAAGCAUCGAUCCCAAUGGUACUCAGCAUGGGUAUCAGCGGCUUUCCAAACGCGGGGGCCGACAUUGGUGGCUUCUUUGGUAACCCCGACAAGGAUCUGCUCACGAGGUGGUACCAAGCUGGUAUUUGGUAUCCCUUCAUGCGAGCACACGCGCACAUCGAUACCCGCCGCAGAGAACCGUAUCUGGCUGGCGAGCCUUACACAUCGAUCAUUACACAAGCUGUGCGCCUACGAUACAGCCUACUUCCGGCAUGGUACACGGCUUUCCACGAGUCAUCUGUGACAGGUGCACCGAUUGUGCGGCCGAACUACUACGUAUUCCCCAGCGAUGAGAAGGGCUUCGGGCUCGAUGAUCAACUGUACCUUGGCAGCUUUGGUCUCCUAGCAAAGCCAGUCACGAAGAAGGAUCAACCAGGGACUACAGUCUACCUAGCCGAUAAAGAGAGGUACUACGACUACUUCGACUUCUGGACGUACGAAGGUCCCGGUGAGGUGGCUCUGUCAUCACCUUUGGAGACUAUUCCAUUGCUGAUGCGUGGCGGUCACAUUAUUCCACGCCGAGACAGACCGAGAAGGAGUUCGGGACUGAUGAAGUACGAUCCGAUCACGCUGGUUGUCGUACUGGGGCACUCGGGUGAUGCAGAAGGCACAUUGUACCUCGACGAUGGAGAGAGCUUCGAUCACCUAGAAGGCGCACAGAUCCAUCGACGAUUCGUGUAUCAGAGCUCAACGUCCACACUCAUGAGCGAGGACUUGGCCGCACCGGGCAAGAAGACCAAGGAGUAUUUGAAAUUGAUGGAGAAGGUCCGAGUCGAAAAGGUCAUCAUCGUUGGUGCUCCUCAGGCUUGGAAGGGUAAGACAGAGGUGGACGUCAGCGAAGAGCAAGGCGGUAACAGUGCAGGAGCCAGAAAAGCUCCGCUCGACUUCCACGAUAAGGAAGAGGGCAAGGCGGCAUGGGCUGUUGUCCGGGAUCCUGCCGUGCAGGUCGGCGCAGGUUGGAAGAUUGCGUUUGCGUGA